GCGGCCUGAGAGGAGGAAGUCGCCUUUUUUUUACUUCUUCGGGAAAAAAAAAGAAAAAAUAUUAAUCGAAAUUCAUCUUCAACGGGAGACUGACAGGUGCUUUCUCUGAGGUAUUUAGGGCAAAUAAUACAAGAAAAUGAAUGAAACAUCUUACAAGCUGGCUGAACGCCUGGUCCCCACGACCUACCUUCACCAGGCGUCGGAGAGUAGAACUGCGCGGGAGAAGCUGAUUAGGAUCCUCAUGGAACAGCACAAGUGUCCUGAGGAAGGUUGGGAUGAUGCCACCAUUGAGCUGUUUUUGAAUGACCUGGCCCUCAUGGACAGCAAUAAUUUCCCCCAUAACUGCGGAGUUGGGGAGCGUGAAGCAAGAAUAUAUUCUGGCUUGGUGUCAAAACGACACUAUCGUCUAGGUCAUGGUAUCGGGCGCUCAGGAGACAUUGCAGAGGUUCAGCCUAAAGCUGCAGGCUCAAGUCUCUUGAAUAAGCUUACAAAUUGUAUGGUGUUAGAUGUUAUCAGAGCUACAGGUGUAAGAAAGACAGCUGCUUGCUUGGUGGUUCCCCUUGCAACUGGAAUGAGUAUGGUGCUUUGCCUUUUGACCGUGAGGCAGCAACGACCAGACGCAAAGUACGUCAUCUGGCCUCGUAUCGACCAGAAGUCCUGCUUUAAAGCCAUUAUCACGGCAGGUUUUGAACCAGUUGUGAUUGAGAAUUGCCUGGAUGGGGACGAGUUAAGGACAGACGUUGCAGAGAUUGAUCGACAGAUUACGUCCCUGAAGCCUGAAUCCAUUGCUGCAGUAAUGACAACAACAAGUUGCUUUGCGCCUAGAGGGAUUGACAAGCUUGAAGAUGCACUUGCAGUUAAUAGCUACAGGCAAUGUAAAACAAAUAUUGGUGUCUACAGGGUAGGUCGUGUGGAUGCCUUUGUGCAGAGCACGGACAAGAACUUCAUGGUUCCAGUUGGGGGAGCUGUCAUUGCAGGAUUUGAUAGUGCUUUCAUCCAGCAAGUGGGCAAAAUGUACCCUGGACGAGCGUCAGGCAGCCCUGUGGUGGACCUGUUCAUUACAUUGCUCUCCAUGGGUAUCAGAGGUCACAAGAAAUUACUGGAAGAGAGAAAGGCACUGAAGAGUCUCCUAACUCAGCGAAUGGAGGGAGUAGCAGAGAAAUAUGGUCUUAGAGUUCUAAAUACCAAAAAUAAUCCUAUUUCUAUUGCUAUGACUCUGCCUGAAAAUCUGAACAUACCACUAACUGAGCUUGGAUCAAGACUGUUCCUCCGAGGUGUGUCAGGGACAAGAGUCAUUAGAACAUCGGAUGACAAAAUGAUUGCUGGCACGAGGUUUAUCGGUUGGGGCAGUCAUUCAAAAAGUUAUCCAUACGCAUACCUGACUGCUGCUGCAAGUAUUGGCAUGACAGAAGAGGAUGUGGAUCUCUUUAUCCAACGUCUGGACAAGUGUCUGGAAAAGUUCACCGGCACAAAAAAUACAAAGGAAACGUACGGUUCGGAGAAUGACGUGACAAGAAGGGAUUCAAAAUCGUACACAAGAGGAAGCAAAGGAGAAAUCAACGGCUAAGUGUGCCGAUGUUGGAAAAAAUAAAAGGAAGGAGAGGAAGAGGUAAAACAAUUGUAUUAAAGGAUAAAUGAAAACAUGAUAUAGAUAACUGAUAUGUUACUUCAAUACUUGCAUCAGACGUUAGAUUAAAAUGCAUGGUUUAGAAUAGUGGCAUGAUUGUUUGCUGUAUAGAGUUAAAAUGGCAUUGGGCUUGAGGGUAAAGUAACAAUCUGUGAUCCAGUUUUCCUUGCAAAAUAAGUAAAACAAAACAUACUGUUGUUUUAGUGAAGAUAGUACAUAGUAAAAAGAGACAUUAGAUGUUUAGUACAAAGCCAUCCAUUAAAGACCGUUUCAGAUUUCCUGACUUUUAAUCCAGUUGCAAGUAAUCUCCAGCUUUAACCAGUAUUUGCCUCUCCUGCCACAGAUAACCACAAUGGAAAUCAAGUAAAGGUAACUGUUGUCAGUUAUGUUCUCAUUUGAUAACCUACCAACAUAAGGUGGAGGUCCUAAGCCAAUAAAUUUUGCAUUUUAUUUACCUUGUAUGAUUUCCAUUGUUCCAUGAUGAAGAUAUUUUUUUAUACAUAUUGUUUCCGUGAUAUAGAUAUAUAUUUAUUUUUUACAUAUGUAUUGCUAUCUUGUGUAUGUAUAUUCAUAUAAAUUAUGGGUUACAAUAUGAUAUUUGAAAUCUCACUUGGUUACCCUGAAAGCAUGAUCAGAAUCUACAUGCAUAUAUAUAUAUAUAUAUUUUGUUACAUCAUGUUUGUAGUUAAGUGUACUAUUUAAUGUGUAUCCAUUUACUAUUCAUUUUAUCUCUUAGUAUAUUUUUACUGGCAUCAGCUCCUCCAUUGCAUCAACACAGAGGACAUACCACCAAGAUGCAGCAUAUACUCUCCAAUAAUGUAGUAUUUGAUAGCUAGUACCAACUGCAACAUAAUUCAGGUACCUUAGAAGAUCGUAAAACUUUAUGCCAGUUUCUAUAUUAAACGAAAGGUGAAAGAGAAAUGUUAUCACAAAUGCAGUUUUGCUCUGAUUAUGAUGAUUAUUAGCAAUUAAGGAGGGAAAGACCAUGAUGCAAAAGUAGGUGCACGUGAUUUGAUGAUGUGAAAAUACCACACCUCAUUUAGGGGGCAUUAGAUGUGGCAUGGUGGUAUAUUGAGAAAGUAUCUUAGACUAGUAAAGAAUUCCAUCUUUUUUUUUAGCAAUAUGAUUUCUGUGGAUAUAUAUUGCAUUUGUAGUAUCCAGUUUUUCGUGUAUGUGUAAGCAACAACCACCGCUUUGGAUUUUUAUUUUUCACAAGAGAUAAUAAAAUCAUCGCCAGUCAGAGUACUGAAAGAUAAAUUGAUUAAAUGAGAUCAGCAUGAAAUCCCUCAAGCCAUGGUUUCUCUGCACUUCUCAACCUUGGGAGCUGUAAAUGAAGGUAGGGAUUAUCACCCAAGUGGACAGAGCUGUGUACUAUCUUGGGAACAAGGAGACCAGACAUUGGGGGUUCUUUGUCUAGAGCUCGCUAUGGAUUUUUUAUGGCAGUAGGAAUCUAUAAUGCAAGAUGAUGAUAUGCAGUUAUUAUGGUAAAAGAUGUUUGGUUAAAUAUUUACCUUGAAUGUUUUUUAUUAAUUUUUUAUUUUUAUUUUUUACUUAACCCAAUGGUGACGGGUGAAGAAAACUAAAAAAAAAACUUGCUGUCAAAGCGCGCUGACUUUGUGUACGGUACACCAGAUCGAAUCACCAGCUCACUGGUGGCGGUGUACAGCCGCACACCACAUUUUGAGCGGUUUGUUUUCAUGCCUGUCGGCAUCACCCGUUGUGAAAGGGUUAAAAUGUUAUUACUUACAAGCACAGCAAAUGGGCAAAAGCUCAUUCAAGACUGGAAAAAACACCAUGCAGAGGUGCAUUGCUGACCUUUUUAUAAUGGGUGUUAAUUAUUGUAGAGAUUGGUUGUUGCUAUCUUCCAUGUUAAUCUUCCAUGUUGUGACCCAUUUAGGACAACUUUUGUCUCUCUUCUUGAACUAACAAACUAAAAGGAUAAGAAACAAAAGAGUCUUUACUCAUGUUUCUGAUCAUUUUCAAGCCAAAACUGAUUGGGGACUAGCCCAGUACAGGGGUCUCAGAGUAUAGGUGUCUUAGGGAUCAGAACUAGAUAUGGUACUUAAGUUGUUAGAUGACAUUGGUGUGAUGUUUAAUGCCAUUACCUCCACCUCUCUGGGUACUUUCCUGCCUUUAUUCCUCCUGCUCAUAUUUCUGUUUGUGUAUGGUCAUUUUUGUCAGUCUGCCUGUCUACAUUUCUGUGUGUAUCCUUACUAUCUAUCUGUGAUGAUGUAUAUAUCUAUAAAUUUGUCUUUUUGUCUGCCUAUCUGUUACUCUCUGUGUCUGUAUGUCUGUCUAUGUAUCUAAACAUUCCUGUCUGUUCAUCUAUCUUUAAAUAUAUAUAUAUAUAGACAGAAAGAUAGAUAGGUAGGUUGGCAGAGGCAUAGAUAAGAAUAAAAUUGUCGUGGAUAUAGAUCAUUUUCAGGUCAAACAUUCUGUGGAAAUGUGCUCCUUUAUACCAUAAGCACUCCUGUAUAAUCAGUUAUUUCAGAAUAAUUUCCACAAGAGCAAAAUCACACAAUAAGUACAGUAUUUGAAUAUGCAACAUUGUCACAGCAGAUCAGUAAGUCUUUGGGUAGCCGCAGUAUACUUGUCUUACACUUUUGUUUCUUUGUCUACUUAUUCUUUUUGAGGUGUGGGAUUUUCAUAUUUUGUGUAGUGUACUUCGUAUAUACCAACAAAUAUUACUUGUUCAAGGUAGCACAAAGCAUUAAAUUCAUUGCUCACCAUUAUUCAAGCACAAGCCUACAAAAGUAAUUGCCUUAUGGACUGCAUUUUCUCUGUACAUUAGCUGCUACCUCAAAUCUUGUCACUUGCCACUUAGACCACUGCCAUGAACACCAUGUCCCAACUGUAUCAGAAACCUUAAUGGCGAACAAGCAGAGCUGUAGGCAGAUAAUCUGAUGAUUGAUCAUUAACGAUAAGACUCUUUGUUGUAUGACAAGCAGAGUUGAUGAUAGGAGUAAAUUGCUUGAUAAAACAAUUAAGAUGGCCAUUUCUAAAGAAUUUGUUAUACUCUUUAAGUCAAUAGAUAUUGUUAGAAGUAUGAGGUUGGUUGCAAGUUAUAAUCUUCUAAGGGAUGUUAACCUAAUUUCUGUAGAAUAUGAUAUUCUACUUCUAUUACAGAUAUUUUUCUUGUAAUUAAGAGUAAUGUAUAUUGGAAAUUACAUAUGUUCCUUCCUUGAAUAUUUUUAUUUUAGAUUUUAAGACACACAUUGUUAAUUAUAUUUUUACAAAAUUUUUGUAAUGGGGGAUGAAAUUAGCUAGAACAGGGUUAUUACAAUUGCCAAGAUCUCGAUAGAUUAAAAUUAAAAGCACUUAGGAAAGAAUUGUAUGACAUAUAUUUGUCAACUUGUCCAUACCAAUGACAUCCAUCUUUGAUUUUGUGAUAUAGGAUUGUCAGUGUUCUUGUUUAGAUACACGCAAGCAGCAUACUGUACUUAGGGACAUGUAGUAUGUUGGUAAAACAGUCUACUUCUAAGAUUUACCAAAGGAAGUAACUGAAUAAUGAAUGCUUCCUAUAGAUUUGUAAGGAAGGAGUCUUUAAGAAUGAAGGGAAAACUAAGUGUUGCGAGAAACACUGGAGCUUAAGAGGAAGUGAAUGCAUAUGUCUGUGUAUGUAUAGAUUUCUUUGACUUUCUUCCUUUGUAAGUUUUUUUACUUUACUUUACUUUACUUAUUUCUUCCUUUGUUUGAAGUGUAUAUGUGUUUGCUGUACAUGGUUUGAUGUUUAUUUUUUAUGCAGGGAAAUAAUCAUUUAGAUUUCAUAGAUUUCUACUUGUCUUAAGAUUUCAAAGAAAAUUAAAUUUUUUAAAAUAAUUUCUUUUUUUAAUGUUUUGUCUGAUUGAAAGUUGUAGGAGAUUGUGACUCCAAACUUUUUUAAACUUGGAAAGACUGCUUUUUUUUAAUUAAAAAUAUCCAAAAUUCAACUUUUCUCUGUAUACAUAGGAUCAUGGAAUUUGAAAGUUGGUAUUUUUUUCUUUUAAUAACAAUACUAUCACAGUUGGAGGGUAGGAGAAUGCAGAUGACAUAUGAUAAUUAGUUAGGCCAAAGAUAAUUUCUUUUCCAUUAUCAGACUUGUUUUUCUCUGAUGGAGAACAAAGUCAAACUAGCCAGUAUAGAGAUAGCUAAUCUAUCUAGAUAAAUACAGGAUUUACAGGCAGUUCCCUUCAUGUAACAUUUGCUCUAUCUCAGUUUAGCUUCUCUGGAAGGUAUGAAUACCUGAUCUUUAAUUAUCCCAGUUGAUGAAACUCCAAAGUAGCAAGUAACACUAAAUGAUCAUAACCAGAUAGUAAAUACUCUAGCUAUUCUUUAGUGUUGCCUUUUCCAUUAACACGAUCACUAUGCUAGACACAGUAGUAAAACUUGACUUCCAUUCUUUCGAGCGCAUCCUAGAUCAUGUUAUUCUCAUUGGUGAAUGUGCUAUGCCAAAACGUGUAUAACAUACUGUAAUUUAGGUAACCACAUCCCUCCUGUUGUAACCGUUAAUGGAAACCAAAUGUUACCAUUCCAGUCCAGCGAACCUCACACAGUACUGUAACUGUCUCACCACUAGUCCAACCAUAAGUGCAGUACAGAUAUACCAUUAACCAUGAUAUCACUAAUGUACCUAAAAUCAUGUCAUAAAUAUAUUCAUCUACCUUAAUGCCAGACUCUGAUAACAAAUAGAGCCAGAAGAGUUCAUAUAAAUUUUCACGUCAUCUUCAAGACACGGGUAAACAUAAGGUAUUGUGUAGAAUCCAAUUGAUAUGCCAAACCUUGGUAAUGAUGAUGAAGCUCUGCUACCAUUCAGAUUGCUGUAAACAAGGAAGACAAAUGUUUUCUUUUGAUGCCAGACACAAUACAUGCUAAUUAAAAAUGUAUUCAAUCAGUUGAUGUUAAACUAUGAGUCUCCAUGUUGACAAAUCGCUUUAAAUGUUUUGCAGAGUUCUUCACUGCCAGUAUUAUGUGGUACUUUGGAAAGGUCACUUAACUUUCAGAUUACUUGGCUGUGAAACACCUCAGUGUGCAGAACACUGAUGAAAUAUAUGAAACAUGUUAGGCACAUAGUAUAUCAGUUAGGCAUACCAUAGAACUGUUUAGAUUACUCAAGUGUUAUAUGUAGUCUUCAUCUCAUAUUAUAAAUCCUCAUUGUGCAGAAUAUAGAUGAAAUAUGUAGAACAUAUGUUAGUUGUAUAGUGCAUCAUUUAGAUGUAUAAUAGUGCUGUAUAGUAUAUGAAAGUUUGUGUAGAUUCCAUCUCCUAAUAUACACAAUAAAACUUGUACUGUUUGGAUUCA